AUGAUUUUCCUGUGGACGAGCAAAGCAAACGCACUACACGGCGUCCCCGAGCUGCUCCCACUCUGCGCUCAGCGGGAGGAGAGACCCGCUCGGCAUCCACCUGCGCCCAUCCUGUCCUGGCCUAGGGGCUCCCCCAGCUCUGGCGACAGGGCGGGGGCGGCGGUGUUCCCGGCAGACCUGCACACAGAGCCACAGGAGCGACGCUUGUCUUCAGCCAGGCUCUCCGCUCUGUUCCCAGGGCACCCCCGCUGGACAGGCCAGGUCUCUGUGCCAGGGGGCAGCCGGCAGUCCCCCAUCAACAUCCAGCAGAGGGACAGCAUCUACGACCCCCAGCUGCCACCACUCAGGGUGUCCUACAAUGCCGCGUCCUGUCGGUGUGUGCGGAACACCGGCUACUUCUGUCAGGUGGAGUUCGACGAGGCUGCCAAGGACUCAGGGGUCAGCGGGGGGCCCCUGGAGAACCACUACCGACUGAAGCAGUUCCACUUCCACUGGGGAGCCGGGGACGCGCGGGGCUCUGAGCACACCGUGGACUACCACGCCUUCCCCGCCGAGCUGCACUUAGUUCACUGGAAUCCUGCAGUGUACCCGAGCUACAGGGAAGCGGUCCUGGGUGAGAAGGGCCUGGCUGUGGUCGCCGUCUUUCUGCAGCUGGGUGCCCCGCAUCAGGCCCUGCAGCAGCUGGCGGACGUCCUGCCUGAGAUAAAACACAAGGAUGCGCAGGUGGCCCUAGGACCCUUCAACCCUUCCUGCCUGCUGCCUGCCUGCCAGGACUACUGGACCUAUGCUGGCUCCCUCACCACCCCGCCGCUGGCCGAGUCAGUCACCUGGAUCAUCCACAAGAAGCCCAUCGAGGUGGCUCCCAGCCAGCUGUCCGCGUUCCGAACACUGCUGUUCUCUGCACCUGGUGAAGAGGAGGAGGCCAUGGUGAACAACUACCGCCCACUUCAGCCCCUGCAGGACCGUAAGGUGCGCGCAUCCUUCCGGGCCCUGGCCGAGUCCACGUGAACGGGCAGAGCAGACGAAGCAAGGGCAGUGCGCGCUCCAGGCUUCCCAUUCCGGGCCCCAUGGCCCCUGAGCCAAAUAAAGAGAAGGGCCUUGCUCCCACUCUGCGCUUUCUGGUCAC